AUGGUCCUAAUGAAUAAAAUUUUAGCAAUUGCUUUAAGCAAUCGCUUUUUAGGAAAAGCAAUUGCUUCACAAGUAAAAGCUAUGGCUAGAUUAUCACUUGAAGAAGUUGAGAAAGAGCAGGGUGUUAUUGAAUGUAAGACGACUAACAAACUGUCGACUUGCGAAAAGGAGCAGGCAUGGGCACGAAUAGAGUUGAAUUUUAAUUCAAAGAGUACACACUGUCGCAGCAUCGAUCAGCUGAAAGCGAAGUACGAUAAUCUGAAAACAAAAGCAAGGAAAGCUGUGGCAAGAAAUCGGAGUAAUCUCACUGUAACUGGUGGCGGUCCCGCAAGUAGCACAGAUUUUGAUCCGGUAGUGGAAGCUGUGUUAAGAAUUGUAAAUAUCAAAACGAUAGGAGAUAUUUCAGUAGAAUACGUGGAAAUUCCACCAACUCCAGCGACAGAAGCAAGUGAGGUUCCGGUGUCGUGUCAGACUAUGGAGAGUUGCGUAAGUGAAUUGUGCGCUCCUAGAAAUGAUGUUACCGAGUCAAUGAAUCCUAUAACUGUACAGAGUAUAGUCGAUACUCCACAGGUGAAAAAGGUAUAUCUAUAUGUAUCGUCGGCAUAAUCUGCAAAACCCGUAAGUCUACCUUUUUUAUAUGUGACUUACGGGUUUUGCGGAAUGAUUAUAGAGACGUUCAAGUUGGAACCAGUACGUGCCCCGUAAAUUAAAAGAUCCAGUUUCUAAAAAACUGAGGUUAACCAUACCAAAUCCUCUAGUAGAUACAAAGAUAAUUUAUUAUGAAGCUAAAACUUUAUAUCUAACAAUAAGAGGGGAAAUUGAUGCACAACAGCAAAGGGCGGAAAGAGAGAAAAAUAAAGAAGAAAGAGAGAAGAAAGAAGAAGAAAGGAGAAAUGAAGAAUUUAAAAUGAGAAUACGUUUAUUGGAAUUGGAAAUAGCUCAAAAACAGAAAGAUUUGACUAAAUAAUUAACACAUGAAACUGUAUACGAUAUAUAUAUAUAUAUAUAUAUAUGAAAUAUAUAUUAUUUAUAAAAAGUUCAAGUCUACCAAAAUGUUCAUUAAUAAGCAACUGCCUCACACCUCGACCCCUACCCUCAACCCUUUCUACGUAAUGAUCGUCAUCCUGUUCAAUUUCGUCUUCGUCUGCGUUAAAUGGAUUGGUCCAUUCUCCAGGAAUACUCUCAUUCAUGUCUAUGGCCAUAUUAUGUAGUACUGCAGUCGCAACUAUCACAUUCAUUGUUGUUUCUAUCUGCAGCCUCAUGCAUAAACUUAAAAUUGGAAAUCUUCUUUUCCACACUCCAUAUUGACGUUCAACCACAUUCCGUGUUCUGAUACUCGAUUCAUUGUACAAGUUCUCAGCUGGUGUUUG